AUGACGGACGAAAGCUUAGCACGUUUUAACCGGAAUCGAAGGAGAUUACCUCGGAAACAGCGUCAGCAUGAAUCUUCCAGUAAAACCUAUCGACAACUGGUUAAGAGAAAUCCGCCGUCGUCUUCUGGUGGAAUCGAUCUUCGAGUCUCUUCAUCAAACACUUUCACUCGAAAUGGAAGUAAGCCCAACACCUCUACAGACACUACCCCUCGUCCUCGCAUUCACAACUGCAUCAUGAAAAAGUCGGUUGUACCUUUGCUUUUGGUGGACCACGUUCCCCCAAUGUCUAUGUCACCCACAAUCGUGUCAUGGAUUCCACAUCUAUAG